UGAGCCUGAAUGGUUGGAUGGUGUGCAGAAAAAUGGGGAAUUAUUUUAUUUAGAAUUGAGUGAAAGUGAAGAAGAAACUCUGCUUCAGAACAACUAUCCAGAAAUGCCAGCAGUGAAUCAUGUCAGGUUUCGUGAAAAGGAAGCUGAAGUUAUUCAAGAGGGAUCACAAAAAGAAAGAAAGUAUGAACUGAAGAAAUUGACCAAAAUAUUAAAAAAGAAGAAUCUUUUACCAAAGCAUUCUGGUAAAAAAGGCAGUGGAAGCCGCACUGCGCACUCCACUGGUCCUACUUCCAUAUUGAAACACCAAUCCGCUCAGAAAAUGGGGGUCACUGUUCAGCAAAAAUACAAAGAUAUAUAUGUUUAUGUAAAUCCCAGAAGACUGUACAGUGCUGGAGAAGAUGAGCCGCAGAAGCUGCUGGAGACCUUAGUAGGGGUUGUCCAUCAGUCUUCAUGGAGCAGCAGAAGAGCAGAGAAACAAGGGAGGAAGGAUAAAGUCAUCAGCGGAAAUGGUGAAGAGAAGCUUGUAGUACAUGGCUUGGUGCCAGGUAGUUCAGCAAUGAAAACUGGUCAAAUCUUGAUUGGAGAUGCUCUGGUUGCUGUAAAUGAUGUUGAUGUGAAUUCUGAAAACAUAGAAAGGGUUUUGUCUUGCAUUCCAGGUCCUAUGCAGGUUAAACUUACAUUUGAAACAUCAAUAUUUGAGCCUGAAGGAACUUCUCAGCAAAGGUACAAACGGGCACAGUCAAGUAUGAACAAUCUGGUUCGGCUCUUGUGGGGAGAAGAUGGUACGGACCUUCAACAGGCUAUACAAGACCUGCCUCAUAUUAUUAUGUUCCUCACAAUGAAACUGGACUCUGAAACAUCUAAGGAUGAGCAAGAAAUUCUUUAUCAGUACCCCAAAUCAGAAGCAUCCCAAAAACUGAAAAGUGUGAGAGGAAUAUUUCUCACACUAUCUGACAUACUGGAAAGUGUUACUGGUACCCAGAUUAUCAGUUCCUCCCUUUUCUUAUGUGAAAAACUGGUUCAAGUUGUUUACUGGAAAGAAUCUGACAAGUUACUUGUAAUCGGCCUUCCUGAAGAAAAUGUGCCACUUACUCAGCUGAGGAACAUGAUUGAAGAUGUGGUCAGGACCUUGAAAUUUAUGUACAGUUCUUUAGACAGUGCUUUUUGCCAGGUGGAAAAUGUUUCUCGCCUGGAUCAUUUUUUCAACCUGUUCUUCCAGCGUGCGCUUCAGCCUGCAAGACUCAAGUCAAAUGCCAGCCUCAGUGCUCAACACUAUGAUACCUGCAGUGCGUUAUUCUUAGACAAUCUCCCAGGCUUGCGCUGGCUGACGUUGCCUCAGGAAAUCAAGAUGGAAAUUGACACAGCACUGAGUGAUCUGGAAGCAGCUGACUUUGCAGAGCUGUCUGAAGAUUAUUACGACAUGAGAAGAUUAUAUACAAUUAUGGGCUCUUGUCUCUUCUACAAGGGUUACUUGAUUGGUAAUCACUUGCCAAAGGAAGAUCUUAUUGAUAUAGGUUUAUAUUGUCGGCACUAUUGUCUGUUACCCUUGGCAGCAGAACAGAAGAUUGGUCAGUUAGUGAUAUGGCGGGAAGUAUUUCCACAUCAUCAUAUCCAGCCAUGUGAAGUUUCAAGUUUUACAGGAUACAGGGAGCCUGAAGCAAGAUACUUUUUACUGAUAGUUGGCUUGAGACACUUUAUGUUGUGUGUCCUGCUAGAGGCAGGAGGCUGUGCAUCAAAAGCUAUUGGGAAUCCAGGACCAGACUGUAUAUACGUCGAUCAGGUCAAAGCCACUAUACUUCAGCUGGAAGGAAUAGAUGCCAGCAUAGAGGAAAGGCUAGAUUCUCCUUCCAUUCCACCUUUAUCAUGUGCUGACUGGUUCCUUCCUGCAACACGUGACAAACUGGAGAGCUCGACCACCUCACCCAUCCUAAGCAAGCUACAGAAUACUUCCAAAUCAGUAACCACUCCAGCAAGCAAAAGGACCCUGUUUGGUGACUCUUCCUUAAUGACACGUAAGCUGAGCCCUACGAGACACAGUGGAGGACCUGACCACGGUAACGAAGGUCCUGCGGAAGAUGAAAGCAGUAAUCCACAGUCUGUAGCGGAUCAGGCCACUAGAAAAAAGCAUUCCCUACCAAAUCCAUUUCAUUUAGGAAACCUCAAAAAGAACGUUUCAGAGAAAGAUACAGAACUUGUUAAUGCUAUCAAGUUGACAUCUGGUCCUGAGAAUACCCUCUUCCACUAUCUAUCUUUGGAAACAAUGCAAGGAAUCUUUAUUACUCCAACUCACAAAGAAGUAGCACGGCUUGGUGGCACCAUCCACCCUCAGUUAAUUGAGAAUUUCUAUCGUUGCUGUCUUUCAAUUCGUUCCGUUUUUCAGCAGUCCAUGAGGAAAGAAAAAAAGAAAAAAGCAGGCGGUGGGAUUCCAGAAUUUAGUAAGGCAGCUGAGGACCUAGAUCUGGUAACAGAACAUGGAGUUUUGUUUGAGUGCUCUCCUGACAACUGGACUGAUCAGAAGAAACCACCACCAACAAUGAGUUACUGGGUUGUGGGGAGACUUUUUCUACAUCCCAAGCCUCAGGAGUGUUAUGUCUGUUUUCAUGACUCAGUCACAGAGGCUGCUGUUGGAAUGGGCUUUUAA